CUGGGCUUGGUUCACAAUAUGAGGUAUCAAGGAGUCAAAUACUGUCAGGUGGGACCCUUCCUAGUUUUUCUGACCUCUAUGGACGUCUCCUUCCAGUGUGCAAAGAUGGAGAAUCCAGAAUGAUGAACUCAAUUGAUACUGCUGCCUUAGUCAGUGAUGUGAGCCAUGGUAAAAGGACCAAUUCAGUCACUACUGAAGGGACUCGUAAUUCUUCUCGCACAUGUUAUCACUGUGGAGCUGAGGGUCAUGUGAAGAAGAAUUGCUGGAAAUUACAUGGUCGUCCACCACAGACUUCUGGACAGUUUCCUCCCAGGCGUGUUGCUAAUACGGUUAUCCAGGAUGGUAUCCUACCAACUCCUUCCACUGUUACUAUCUCAGUCGAUGAAUAUGCUCGGCUACAACAACUUUCUCUCACAGCCUCAUCUGCCACCACACAAGUUGAUACAGGUAAUCCAGCUGCAUGCCUCUCUACAUCAUCACGCAAUUGGGUGAUCGAUUCUGGCGCAACGGACCAUAUGACUGGUAAUGAAAGUAUUUUGGAUUCAUUUACCUCUUCUGCUAACCAGUCUCAUGUUACUUUAGCAAAUGGAUCAACCGCAUCUGUCAAUGGCCUUGGAACAACAACUCUUUCUCCAAACCUUUCUCUAUCUUCUGUUCUAUAUUUAUCUCAAUUUCCGUUUAAUUUAAUCUCAGUCAGUCAGAUUAUUAAAGCCCUAAACUGCUGUGUUAUUUUCUUUCCCACUCAUUGUCUUUUUCAGGAUCUUGGGACGAAGCAGAUUAUUGGUAAAGGUAGACUGGUUAAUGGCUUAUAUGUUUUUGAAUCCUUGGUGCCGAGAUCAGUUGCAUGCACAAGUUCGUCUCUGUUGAAAGUUCACUGUCAAUUUGGUCAUCCGUCUCUUUCUGUACUACAAAAAAUGUGUCCUAGUCUAUCACGGGAGUCUGUUUUGGAGUGUGAAGCAUGUCAGUUUGCUAAGCAUCAUAGAACAAAUUUCCUUCCUCGAAUAAAUAAAAGUGUUGAGUCUAGUUUUGAUUUAGUUCACACUGAUGUGUGGGGUCCUUGUCCUGUCGUUUCCAAACUUGGUCAUCGUUAUUUUGUUACAUUUGUGGAUGAUUUUUCACGGGUUACUUGGCUUUAUCCUUUGAAAUCCCGAUCAGAUGUGUUUACUGCAUUUUGUACCUUUCAUGCUGAAAUUCAAACUCAAUUUAAUAAGAAUAUACGCAUUCUGAGAAGUGAUAAUGCUAAAGACUAUCUAUCUAGCACUUUUCAGACUUACUUAUCUCGCCAUGGGAUUUUACACCACACUUCUUGUCCCUAUACACCUCAACAAAAUGGUGUAGCUGAACGAAAGAAUCGUCACCUACUAGAAGUAGCUCGAGCCUUAAUAUUUCACAUGGGGGUUCCUAAACCAUUUUGGGUAGACGCUGUUUCCACUGCGUGUUACCUUAUCAAUCGUAUGCCUUCCUCUGUUCUUAAUGGUCAGAUUCCGUACUCCGUUUUAUUCCCCUCUCAUUCCUUGUUCUCUCUUGUGCCUCGUGUGUUUGGUUGCACAUGCUUUGUCCAGGAUAUGCGUUCCCAGGUCUCAAAACUUGAUCCUAAAUCAAUCAAGUGUGUUUUUCUGGGUUAUUCCUGGUUACAAAAAGGAAAUUGAUGUUAUUCUCCUUCAUUGGGACGGUAUAUUAUCUCUCCAGAUGUCACAUUUUUUGAAGAAACACCCUUCUUUCAGCAUAGUUAAUCUUCAUCAUCUUCUUUGGAACUCUCUAAUGAUGAGUUUCUAGUCUAUACCACCAGCCAGCUAGAAUCUGUCCCCCCCAAUCAGACUUCUCCAUCAACUUUCCUUCCUCCUCCACCUCCUCCACCUCCUCCCCUUAAAGUUUACUCUCGUCGUGUGCGCCAUGUGACUACGGCACCUACUAUGGCUACCAGUGUACCGCUGCCAUCUUCUGCUUCGCCUCCAGAUUCUGCUCCCUCCGACCUUGAUCUCCCAAUCGCCCUCCGAAAAGGUACUCGUACUUGUACUUAUCCUGUUUCUUCCUUUGUUACUUAUAAUACAUUGUCAUCUUCUUCCAAGAGCUUUAUUGCUUCUUUAGAUUCUAUUGUUGUUCCUUCAACUGUUUCUGAG